CAGUAAUCAGGCCACGAUUACAUAAACAGUCCAUUUAAGAUACAAAAGUUUAUUUACGUUGAAAAUUUUCCCUCGAGUUGGUGGCUUUUCUUUGCAUUAUUUUCUUUCCAUCUGUUGGCUCUAUUUUUCUUUUCCAUCGGCGCUUAUUAGGAAGAAAAGAAAGCCUGCGGAGCAACGGAACUGGUACCGAAAUUAGGGCACGUAUAUAGCGAGGGAGGGGAGAGGGUCUGUGGCUUUGUUUCGAGGGCGUGGUCGGUCCCGCCUGCAGGGCGGGGCUCUCCGUUUGCUUGCUUGUGUUAUAUGUAUGUAAAAUAAUUUACCGCCAUCCAUCCUUCCUUCUCCUCUUUCGUCUGUCUCCCUCGUCCCCUGCCCUUUUCUUCUUCUUCUUCUUCUUCUUUUGCUUCUUCCAGGCAAAGACAGGAGUUGCUCCCCCGUAAUUCAUACCUUCCCCUUCCACCGCUUGAGUAAGAAAGCGACAGAUAGAGAGGCGCAGGCAGCCACAACGGCAUGGAUGGCCCUUCGAGAAGCGUUGAGGACGUCUUCAAAGAUUACAAAAGCAGGAGAGCUGGGCUCAUUAAGGCUCUAACAACUGACGUUCGAGAAUUCUAUCGGCAGUGUGAUCCAGAGAAGGAGAAUUUAUGCUUAUAUGGAUAUCCAAAUGAAUCCUGGGAAGUUAAUCUCCCUUCAGAAGAAGUGCCGCCUGAACUACCAGAACCAGUUCUGGGAAUCAACUUUUCCAGGGAUGGCAUGUUGGAAGAGGAUUGGCUUAAACUUGUGGCUGUUCAUAGUGACUCUUGGCUCAUAGCUCUUGCCUUUUAUUUUGGGCUACGAUUUGGGUUUGAUAAAAACGAUAGGAGGAGACUAUUUAAUAUGAUCAAUGGUCUUCCAUCAAUUUAUGAGGUUGUCUCUGGCAAAAAGGAGGCUCAGGAAGUAUCGAGUGUUACAAAUAACGGAAACAGUAAGAACAAGAGAGAGAACAUCACAAGGGCAACAAGGGAACAGGUAAGCCAGGAUGAUGUGGACGAAGAAGAGGAAGGCGAUGAUGUAGAUGAGCACAAGGAUGCCCUCUGUGGUGCGUGUGGCAUGAAUAAUACGUCAGAUCAAUUCUGGAUCUGUUGUGACAUUUGUGAGAGAUGGUUCCAUGGCAAGUGUGUAAAAAUAACUCCUGCGAAAGCCCAGCAUAUAAAGCAGUAUAAGUGUCCUGGUUGCUCGAACAAAAAGGCUCGGGCGCAAUUUUAGGCAUCGAAGAAGCGCAAUAGGUUAUAGCUUUUGCUUUCUUACAUUUAAAGUAGCCAUAUUAAUUCGAAAUUUUCGUGUCCUGAAUUUUAAUGUUAUUUGGACAGUUACCUUCUGAAGCA